AAAAUGAUGCUUUUGCGUCUGGAAUCAUGCAUUCUAAUGGAGCCCACAACGUGAUGACCUCAUUUGAUUUAAUCACAACGCUCCAUUAGUGAAUGACGAUUGUUUACUUCAAUCUCUCUUUGAUUCCAAUCUCAAUUUUUACGAUAAAACUAAAAGCCAGAUAUCAGUUUUAACUGGGACAUUGAGUUGUUCUUUCUUCUCUUCUUCUGGGUUUCUUUGUUAUUAGAUUUUUUUUCAGUAGGUGGCAGACAGAUACGUUGAAGAUUGCUUUGAGAAACUGAAGCUGAAACAACCUUGACCACGUCUGUACUGUUUGGGGUGGUAGUGAAGCAUUGUGUUAAAACUUGAUGAGUACAUGUUGCUGCUAUUGUGUGUUGGCUUUCAACUGUCCGUCUUUAAAUCUGGGCUGUACUGUUAGUGGAUUUUAACAAUAAUGGCACUAGCCAUCCGAAGUGGAAGUCUAAGGAAACCGAGUGAGAUGAUGAAGAUUAUUAUAACAACCUUUGUCGGAGUUAUUUUUGGCUUCUUUUUAGGCAUUUCCUUCCCAACAAUCUCCCUAACGAAGAUGAAUCUCCCAUCUAGCCUCAUUCCUUCCAUUGAUCUUACUUAUAUUGAGGACAAGUACUCUGGCCUUUCAACCCAAACACUGUUGAAUGUGUGGUCAACUUUGAAGAGUAACAGAGCCCUCCUAUUUGCUGACAGAGGUAACCAAACAAAGAUCUGGAUUCCAACAAAUCCUAAAGGUGCUGAAAGACUUCCCCCUGGCAUUAUUGAAUCAGAGUCUGAUUUAUUUCUCCGCCGAUUGUGGGGUCUGCCUAGUGAGGACUUAACCAUCACACCAAAGUAUCUUGUAACCUUUACUGUUGGCUAUAAUCAGAAAAAAAAUAUUGACGCAGCAAUUAAAAAGUUCUCAGAAAAUUUUACUAUUCUGUUGUUUCACUAUGAUGGUCGGACAAGUGAAUGGGAAGAGUUUGAGUGGUCAAAGCGAGCCAUCCACGUGAGUGCACGGAAGCAAUCUAAAUGGUGGUAUGCCAAACGUUUUUUGCAUCCCGACAUUGUUGCACCAUAUGACUAUAUUUUCAUCUGGGAUGAGGAUCUCGGGUUGGAUCAUUUUAAUGCUGAGGAAUACCUUAAAUUGGUAAGGAAAUAUGGUUUAGAGAUAUCACAGCCUGGUUUAGAACCAAACGGUGGGUUAACAUGGGAGAUGACAAAGAAGAGAGAUAACAGUGAGGUUCACAAGGAUGCCAAGGAGAGAAAUGGUUGGUGCGGUGAUCCACAUUUGCCUCCCUGUGCUGCAUUUGUGGAGAUUAUGGCCACUGUGUUUUCUCGGGAUGCAUGGCGUUGUGUUUGGCAUAUGGUUCAGAAUGACUUGGUUCAUGGAUGGGGUCUAGAUUUUGCACUAAGAAAGUGUGUUGAGCCUGCUCACGAGAAAAUAGGAGUUAUAGAUGCUCAGUGGAUCGUUCAUCAAGGUGUUCCCACGCUUGGGAACCAGGGGCAGGCUUAUAGUGGAAAGGCUCCCUGGGAAGGGGUGAGGGAGAGGUGUAAAAGAGAAUGGGCAAUGUUUCAAGAUCGACUAACGAAUGCGGAGAAAGAAUAUCUUGAGGAACUGGGGGUUGAUUCUUCCAAUCUAACAGCAGACAAUCAAAAAAGUUUGACUGCUGGUGCAUGCAAAGUCUCAAUGUGGAUCCAAAAAUUCUCAUAUAAAGUGAUCACGGACUACAAGUGAGGGAAGAAGAUAUGAAUAAUGCAUCUUUUUCGACUUAGUUUCAG